AUGAUUGUGUUUUUAAAUAAAUAAAUAAAAAGAAAUAAAAAUCAAAUAUUCAAGGAUGAGCUUGAGAAGGUUUCGAAGUGGAGGUAUGCAUGCAAAUUCAGAAGAAGAUUACUUAAGUGUAUGAUUUUUAGGAAUUUCUUUUAGAAAAUUGCCAAGGUGGAAAAAAAAUAAAAGCAAUUAAGCAAUUGCUAAGUAGACGAAUACUUUGAGGAUUUCAUUGUAAAUUCGUCAUUUAGUUUUGAUUGCAUCCAGCAGCCUCAACUACCAUAGAUCACUUAAAAAUCUCAUUUCAUUUUAAUUAUGAUUGACGACCUAUAAUUAAGUCCAAGAAGACUUUAAAAUAUGAUAGAAUACAGUAAAUUUAUGUUUAGAAUAUUUGUAGCAGACAACUGUGACACAAUAACCCAAAGUACAAAUGACGACUCCUCAACAUGGAGUCCUUAAAUUAUGAACUAUGAUUGCAUAGUUCAUACUUAUACAUAGGAUUAUGUGAAUCACCUUUUUAACAUAUGGAUAAUAAAUACUCCCAUUAUCAAUUCAACAUUUAAAGAUUGCUAUUUCCAGUUAUUUGAAGCAUUUAUUUGUGUCAAUAACGUUAGGAGUCUUGAAUUUAAGGAAUUAUUUGAAAAAAUUAAAGAGUUAAAUAGCAAAGUUCAACAAUUCCAUCUGAAGGAAUACGAUGAUGCUUCUCCAGAGAGAAAACAAAUCAGUAAUAUUUAAUAGAUUUUAAAAACCUUGAUCGACACAAGGACUUAAUGA